ACUAAGAAGAGCUCUUGAGAGAAAUGGAUAACUCGAAUGUGCUUGUUAGGGGAAACCGUCAAGUGAAUGAAGAGAAGCCUCCUCCGCGAGUGUGUCCAAGGUGUAGCUCAGACAACACCAAGUUCUGUUUCUACGACAACUAUAGCGUGUCUCAACCUCGCUACAACUGCAGGAGCUGUCGCCGAUUCUGGACUCAUGAUGGAGUUUUAAGGAACAUACCAAUUGGUGGAAGGGCCCGCAAAGUCAAGCAUACAAGGAUAGAUCAGCCAUCUGUUUCUCAGGUGGUUUCUGUUGUCGAACAGGUUAAUAAUCAUCAACCUUUCUCACAUGCUCAAGAAACCAACGAGUUUCUUGGAACUUUUGGUGGUUCUUCUUCUUCUGUUGCUGCUGUUGGGAACCAUUUCAGUUAUUCGACUGAAACUCAUAGUGUGAUGGUGCCUCCAAUUCGAAGCAUUCCACCAAUGGCUCACUUUGAUGGAUCUUUUAACCAAGGUUAUCACGGUGCUGGAUUCAAUGAUUUGGUUGGUAAUCCUUUGAUGAACCAAUCGUUUGGUGGACAUGUUGGUAAUUAUAACAGUUACUUCGUGAAUCAAGAGGAUCCAAACAUGCGAAACCAGAGCUUCAACAGCAGCAUGAACAUGAAUCAUAGUGCCAGCACUAGUGGAAGCAGAGAAUAUCCAGGCAUUGACCACAUGAUCAACAACAACAACAACAACUAUGUGUUUCGAUCCUCCUAUCAUUUGGAGAAGCAUGGUCCUUGA